UCCCAGCGCCCAGCCAUGUCCUUCGCCAUGCUGCGCUCGGCCCCCGCCCGGUUUCUGUACCCCGAGAUCAGCAUGCUGUCCGAGGACGAGGACAACGGGAGCGAAAGCUCGGGAUCCGACGAGAAGCCCUACCACCUGGACGCGGGCGGCUACGGCCUGAAGAGCAGCAAGCACAGGAGCAGCAAGAAAAGCAACCGGAUCAGCAGGGAGCCCCGGCAGCGCCACACGGCCAACGCGCGGGAGCGGGACCGCACCAACAGCGUCAACACGGCCUUCACCGCUCUGAGGACUCUCAUCCCCACCGAGCCGGCCGACAGGAAGCUCUCCAAGAUCGAGACGCUCCGCCUGGCUUCCAGCUACAUCUCGCACCUGGGCAACGUCCUCCUGGUGGGGGAAGCGUGCGGAGACGGGCAGCCGUGCCACACCACGCCAGCCUUCUUCCACCACAGCAGUGGCGGCAGCGGCAGCAGCCCACCCACGAGGGAGAGCGAAACGUCCCAGCCCAAACAGAUCUGCACUUUCUGCCUCAGCAACCAGAGGAAGAUGAGUAAAGACCGAGACAGGAAGACGGCGAUUCGGAGUUAGACGGUUAUGGAUUGAGGAAGGUGGAGGAGGAGGAGAUUAAGAGGAAGAUGGAAAGAUGGAAAACCCACACAUGCAAAACAAAGAGACAGAUCCUUUCGGCCUGCACCCACCUGCCACCUGGAGGCGUGUGGCUUCGCCCAGGAUAAACUUAUGGCAGCUUGUCCCAGAGGGGAGACUGAGCACUCUCUGGGUUCGCAUUUGCAGGCGAGGGAAGUAGGCUUUGGCCGACAAAGGAAGGCAGAACUCUGAAGGGCUGUCCUCGGCAGUGCUGGGGGGCGAGACAGGUGCUGUAGGCCUGGCCACUGCUGCAAAGGUGAGCUCCUUCCACUCAAACAGAAGGACAGACUUACACACUUCAGAACAAUCCUCAUGGACCUGAAUCCUGCAGGGAGAUUCUUCU